UGCCACCAGGAUAUUAAUUGGAAGAACAAAGGAUAUACAGAGAAAAAUUUCCAUGACAUCAUGGAGAGGGCAAAGAACUUUGUAGAAAAGAUAUCUGCAGAGGAGAGAGAAGCCCUGAAUGCCAUCAAAUAUGUGUUUUCUGUGAUGGAUGCUGAUCUUGAUUCAAUGCUACUGACUGCAUCAGGAGUCAUUGAUUUAACUGACCUUGAUAGUGAUUGUGGCAUCAAAGGCCUGUCAUCAAUACUUGAUCCAGUUAAAUUGAUGCCUUCACUGAUGCCAAAUGUGGGCAGUAAUUGGGAAAGUCAGGCACAGGUAUUGGUGGCACAUGAUCUGGUUGAGGGACUGUGA